GUCAGCUUAAUGUUGGAUGUUGGAUUAAGGGGUUUUUACCUAGAUAUUACUAAAUCAAAGACAAUUCUAAAAAAAGUGAGCACAUUAAAAUUAGAACCAAAAAGUGACUAAGAAGGUCAUAUUCAUGUCAUUGACAGAUUUUAAUGUAACUAUUCAAUUUUAAUGUCACUAUCAAAUGUCACUGUCGCCACCGUUGAUGUCACUGCAGCCGCCAAUGUCACUGAAACCGCCGCUAUGUCACUUAGCUGCCGCCGGUGUCACUGUAGCCACCACCAUGUCACUGUCACCACUUCUCGUGUCACUGUAACCGCCGCCCGUGUCACUGUAGGUGCCGCCCGUGUCACUGAAGCCGCCGCCCGUGUCACUGUAGACAUCGCCUAUCACACACCGCCGCCACUCCACCACUCCACCGGCAGCACCAUCCCACCGCUGCUUCCAUUUCCGCUAGACUUCCCUGCCUAAUCCCCACGCUCCAGCACCCCAAAACCCGACUGCCGCCGGCACCGCCCAACACCUGCAACCUUCCCACAACCCCUCCCCACCAUAGUCACAACCACCUGCACCCUUCGUCCGGCCACCACCACCGCCCAGUGACCAACACCACCGCCAUACCCAACAAUCACCGACCACCAUUGUCGACCACCGCCCCACCCCAACAUGACUUACCAGCCCCCAGCUCCUCUGAGCCCCAGCCACAGGCCCACAGCCCCUCUCCAGCCCGCCUACACUGCCCCAGCCCCUCGUAGCCCUCCUCCCAGCCUCGCGCCCCUGCCCCCAACUUCGACCAGCCGGCCCAGCUCUGACCAACCCAACCCUACCCCUGAUUCACCUCUCCCCAGCCCAGCCCCAACCUUGCCCGCCACUCCCCAGCCCAGCCCCAACCUUGCCCGCCAUUCCCCUUUCUCCAGCCCCAACCUCUGCCGCCAAGCUAUCGUUAGCCUAUUUCACGCAGGUGACACACAGCCUAACCCUAGCCGUAUGAAAUCGUCGAUGGUGAUCUAGAUCUGACCGCCGUCGACGAACCCUAGAUCCAGGUCACUUUAGCCGUCGUCACAGAUCUGACGGUUUCCACCCAUCAUCCUCGGCCAGAGAAUGGUGAACAAGUAGAGUACAAACCUGGAGUAGACGGUGGCGAUAGCGGUGGCGCGGCAUCGCUGCGACGAAUACAAAGGCGGUGUGGAUUGGCUGCGAUGCGGUCGAAUGUGAACAGCGAUGAGGAAUGAUGGCGGAGACAAAGUCGUGAACGACGUUGUGGUCAGCGGCGGAGGCGGUGUGGAUUGGGCGAUGACGAAGUCUCACAGUCGACGGCGGUGGCAGCGUGGAUUGGGCGGCGAUGAACUCUGGAGUUGCGGAGCUAGAUGGAUUUUGAAGGGCUGCGAAGGUU